AUGACUGAUAAUGAGUUUUCCACUUAUCCACUUUCAGUCACCAUUGCAGCUGAAAGUUUAAUGUACUCCGUAAAAAUCUUGCAUUUUUUUCUCAGAGAACUUCCCGGUAUCGUGGAGCAGAUUCUAUUUGCUCUACGAUGUACAUCUACCACCUCUGCCUAUGCCUACCUUGGUCGUGGUAGAGGAAUAUCAUACAUGCACGGCCGUACCACAGCCCACGAAGCUCCGGAGAAAGGCGACGAAAAUACGAUGUGA